CCAGGUGCAGAACAAUCUGACACUUACAGAACAAACAUUCAGGAGAUCUUGCAUUGAUAUUGCAAAGCAAUGGAUAAUAAAGAAGAAAAGAACAGCGACAAAGAGGAGAAUGAAGAGAGAGAUGGAAAGGAGCCAAAAGCAAUUCUGGGCAUCUUUACAAGAGAGCAGUUUAUAAUGUUGUGUGUUGGGUUUGGUCUGAUUGUACUUCUUCUGAUCAUUGCUAUACCCUUAAUCAUUCUGACCACAAACUCAGAUAGUUCAGUCCCCACUGAUCCUUUCCCAUCUAAUGGAGAUAUGCUCGAUUUUCUUCUGCAAACUGGAAAGAUUAGGGAGAAAGAUGGUCUGUAUGCAACCUGGUAUCACGCAGCCAACAAUAAAUCUGAGAUGACAAAAGCCCUAAACAGUGAUAUUAUGAUCCUGGAGGCUGAUGUAAAUGUACAAGGUCAUAACACAGCUAAUGAAACCAAUACUCCCAUUAUGGCUCAUCCACCAGACAUAUACAGUGAUAACACUGAAGAGUGGCUGGAUGCUGUACUCAAAUCAGAGAAAGGGAUAAAACUGGACUUUAAGAGCAUUAAUGCUGUGGAACCCUCACUGGAGCUGCUGAGAGUGAAAAACCAGACGGGAAUCAACCGGCCAGUGUGGAUAAAUGCAGAUAUUCUCCCUGGUCCUAACGUCCCUAACUUUUGGCCAGUGAUCAAUGCUUCUGAAUUUUUUGGGCUCAUUCAGACGAAAUUUCCUGAUGUCACCAUCUCUCCAGGAUGGGCGGUUCUUUACCUCUCCAUCUUUCCAAAUGUGUCGUACACUCGCAGCAUGGUAGAGCAGAUGUACUCUAUUGUAAGACACCUCCCCCAGAAGAUCACUUUUCCUGUUCAUGCAUUGAUGGCCAAGAAUGGGUGGCCACAUCUGAGCUGGCUACUCAACCAAUCUUCAAGGUUCAGCUUAACCCUAUGGCAAGGUAAGGAGAACCCGAGCGUGAACGAUCUUCUCUUCAUCAGAGACAACAGCAAUCCCCAGCAUAUCUACUAUGACAUCUAUGAGCCAGUGCUUUCGCAGUUUAAAGAAGCUGCUGAAAAGAGUAACAGAACCAGAAGAUUCUAUCCAGGUGGAGACAUAGUCGAUUAUUUUAAGCCUGUGAACAGUGAUGGUCUCAACAUUCAGUGGGAGACUGUGACUGACAAAUAUUCCCUGAUAUCUUUGCUCAGAGACAACAGUGGAGGAAUGCUUGUGAUUCCAGUUAUAUCUAGCACAGGCCAAACAAAUAUUCCUGUCAUUCGGGGAUCCCAUCCUGAGCUGCCUCUUCAGGACUGCCUGGAUCUUAUUCUUGCCUCCAAAAAGCCAUGGGGACUCUACUUAAGGAUAAAGUCCCAGAGUCAGCUUAACCCAUCACUGGAGCUCCUCCGACAAGCCUAUGACAAGGACAUUCUCCACCACCCCACCUGGAUCAACAUGGACGUAGUCCACGGAGUCUUCCAUAUCCAAGGCUACAUGACGGGAGAAGAGUUCUUGAGAUCUGUCAAUCAAAUCUACCCAUAUGCGACUCUGGCUCCAGGUUGGCCUAAAGAGGUUCUCGAUCGAGGUUACACACCAGGGCUUGUGGAUGACAUGGUGAAGCUCUUCCAGGGGACCUGGCAAGAUGUUUCAUUGCAGCUGCAGGCUGAAGCCAUAGACAGGUCUACGGCUGGACUUAAGAGUCUUGUGCAUGCCGAGUCACGAUUUUCACUUACUCUAGAGCAUCAGGCAGAUGAAAGACACCUUAAUACUGUGACCUUAAUGUCUAUAAGAGCAGGAAACAGGCAGCGAAUCUACUACAACAUGCCUAAAAAAUACAGAAAACAUAUAACAAGGCUGUCUAACUAAAGAUUUAUAAAAUAAACCAUAUCUGCUUUUAGUACAACAAUUACAAUAAUAUACCAUAGUAUUAACGUAGUUUUGUAAUUACAGUACUGUUUAAAGGGCACCUGUUUUGCCUAGGGUGUCAUGUUAAGUCUCAGGUGUGCCUGUGAAGUUUCAGCUCAAAAUACCCCACAGAUCAUUUGUUAUAGCAUGUCCAAAAUGCCCCUAUUUGAAUGGGAGCAAAAAACACUGCUUUCAUGUGUGUACCUUUAAAUCAAAUGAGCUACAUCUCCUCACUCCCUUACCGACAGACAGUGAGCGCUUUUGGUUAAAAACAGAUCCGAUUCCUGAGUACAAACUGAGACAGUAGUAUCUUCAGCUGCAUUAGCUCUACAGCAUGCUAACAAACACAUUUAGAAAAGGUAAAUGUUUGGGUAAAAUUUACCAGUCAGCAGCCGUGGGCGGGGCUUUGUUUGUGUGACAUCACAUUAACAAGAAAAUCAAAACAGCAUGUCUAAAUGAGACUUUGGUUUAAUGGGGAUUAAAGAAUGAGUAGGUAGAUUUUUUUCAUUGUAGGGUUGAUGUGUUCACACAAUGCCAACACACAUUUAUCUCCAAACCUUGUAAAAAUGUUUUUUUGCACAAUAUGUGCCCUUUAAAUUGUCUAUAUGGCUAGAUUUGUACAUAAAAUCUGAAAUCAAACUAAACCUGUAUAUAGCUGUUUAAUAUUUAAAUUAUAUUGUUUCAUAGGUCUAAUAAUUGUUGACUGAUCAUUUAGAUCCAUACCUACUAGGGAUGCACAAUAUUAUUGACAUCUCAAUGGCAGAUAAUGACUUAUAGGUUAUUUACGAGCACAUUAGAUAUCGACAAAUAUACAAUAUCAUGCAUCUCUAAUACCUACAGUGGAAAAUUGUCUGUAGUAAAAAUGACUUUAAAACUUUAAAUAGCAGACUUUACGAUGUAUAAUGAACCAAAAUG